ACUAUUACACGCGAUUUCGAGAAUUUCAAGAGAAAUUAUGCCUUUUUUCAGACAGGACGAACAUAUCUGGGCAUGGUCAGAGUGUACAACGCUGUACGAUGCUUUGUUGUUCACAUGAUAGCUAUAGAAUUGGGCGGGCUCGCCCCCCCUCGAACAUUCAAAACCUGGCUGAUACGAGGGAUCGAGUGGAAGUUCUGUGAAUUUGGGAUAUGAACGUGUCAUGGAAUUGAAGCUCUUUGUGGAGUAAUAAUAUGAGUGAAUUCAAGAAAAGCACUCCAAAUAUAUUUACGCGCGUAUACAUAUCUGGAGGUACUUCUUAACUUUAUUUUUCAACUUAUCACGAGUAUAGUCUGCCUUCUCUGAUAAAUCCUGAUUGGUUAAUGUCUAGUAAAACAGCUAACCUCCUGAUAUACAACGACCCGAUGUGCUCUGACCUUGUACAUGCUUACCCAAGACCAAGACAAAUUGAGGGGAGACUGCUCCAAACAUGCAACCCUAUGUCUCCGCUUCGAAUAUGAUAUUUCAACAUCUUUAAAGCUGGUGCAUUCAGGAAUCUAUUCUUUCUAGAUGACCAAUUUUCAAUUCCAUCGCUAUCGACUUGCUCCACCUCUCUCUGGUUGGCAUAUGCAGGCCCUGUGCAUCUUGACACAUUGUGAAAGCACUUUCUAACGCUUUGAGACGCACACAAUGUGUAAAAGCCCAAAAGUGUAGCCCAGCACCAAGUUUUGCGUCUGUGCUUGAAUCUAUUGCGAAGUCGACUCGAUUCGAGUGUACCCACACAGUGUCUUUACAUUGUUACAACCUUCACUUGGAUCAAACCUAUUCCUGGUGCAAAGAAACCAUACGACUGCAUUGUAUGGAGAUCUAAAAAUAUACUUCGCCACAAUAGACCGCGUAUUCGUCUCGAUGUAUAAAGCCCCAAUUUUUUCCCCUCACUUCUAUCUCGUGCAGCUACAGAAAGAUCCAUGGCCAUGGAUCUCCAGAGACCACAAUACUAACAAAUCCAGAGACCCCAAUUAACGCAUCUAGAUUUCCCAUUUCUUGUCGUCCCCUUUGUGAUUCUCCAUGGAUCCCACAUAUGUCGACAACAAGGACCCACAUCAGUCGACCGGAGCAAACACGCAGCUCCCUUUCUCUCCCCGUUCCCGAACUCCGUGCAAAAAGUCGUGAUCCAUCUCUUUUCAAGGUCGCUCCUGUGAUUGACGAUGAUGACGUGCCCAUGCAUUUGGUUUUUGGUGAUGUCGAGUAGUAUUGCGCACUGCAUGCUGUGACGGAUCGUCGCUUUCUCCU